UAAGUGUAAAAUUGUUUGUUGCAAGCCGCGGAUGCUACAUGAUCACGUGCCUGUGAUUGCCUCGCCAUGCUAUCAUUUCCUCCGGGAUUCUUACAUUCCAAACCCAGGUUAAAGUAUUUAUUUUUCAUCAAAUUCAUUCAUCGUUUGAUUAUAGCCUUCUAACAAAAUGCUUCGCCGUAAGCCAACCGCAAUAGCCGUGACAUCAGAAGACCUUGUUGCCUUCGAAGAAGCGCGACUUCGCAAGUUGACUCGAAGCAACGAAGUUACAAAUCAUGCCACGGACACCUAUCCUGUCAACUUUGAUCCAAAUGAUGAACUGAAACCUUUGCCUGGAGACAAGGCAAGAAUAGUUCGUUCUCGCGACGAACGUAUAGGCGUUUCUCGUCAUCAUUGAACAACCGCAAAUCUCUUUUUAUCAAUUGCCUCACCAAUUUUCCCUUGCACCUUGGACAAGUCGUUGCUGGUCUGCAUGCCAUCUAUCCCACUCGCCCGCCUCACACUGCUUACUGUGGGAUCUGUAUUUCGACAAAGCCCAUUGUCCCUUGUACUUUGUCACGCGGUCAGUGUCCACCACGCAGAACCUUCCUUUCACUUUCGCCGUUGCUCAUUCUAGGACCACUCGAAGCCUUAAACGAGGCUGACAAGUAUAAAGUCCAUUUGAAUUUCCUGAGUAUAGCAUAUCUGCGCUUUCCUGUUUGCACAAGGCCCAGAAGCUCCGAUCUACAUAAGAUCGUGUUUUGCAUUUACUUUACAAGAGAA